GAGAAAAGUGCCAUUCGAAAAGAAGCUGCAGGAUGAGGAUAUGAGGACAAAGAGUUCAGCCGAGCGACAAACAAACGCCGCUCGAAGACCAUAAAAUAUCAUUUGUGUUUACUCUUUUCGUUUCCUAACUUCAACGCCAAACUUCUAAAAACUAAUUCACCGACUACUUAUUUUUCCGUUGUAGCUAUGUUUUAUAGAAAAUAUGCCGACUCCAGCAGUGAGAGUGUCGUAUUGGCGGCAGAGCUGAUGCCUGUCGUAACCGGCUUUCUCGGCUUUUGUGUGUCGCAUCAGUGACUAUGGAUGUGAGAGCAGUUUUGGAGUUUGCCACAGUAACCAGGGGCCUCUCUCUGGUUCUGCAGGCUGUCUUGAACGCUGCUAUCCCUGACCAUGACGCCGAUGCGUUCAGGCCCCCUCGGACAGAGGACUCCCUGUACUUUGACUCGAUGGUGGAGUGGUUGUUUGGCGGCCUCUCUCACUGGGAUGCUGAGCACUUCCUCUUCAUUGCCGAGAGAGGAUAUCUUUACGAGCACAACUUUGCGUUUUUCCCCCUCUUCCCCGUCAUCCUCCGGGGCCUGGCAGAGACGCUGCUGUGGCCCCUGAGCAGCUGGCUGAGUGUGCGGGGGCGGCUGCUGAUUGCUGUGGCCCUGGGAAACAGCGCCCUCUUCCUGUUGAGCGCCGUCGCCUUGCAUGCCCUCAGUAGAAUAGUUCUCCAGGACAGGCGUCUUGCUCUGCUCUCCAGCCUGCUCUACUGCAUCACACCCGCCAAUGUUUUCAUGACUGCUGGGUACUCGGAGAGCCUGUUUGCUGCUCUCACUUUCGGUGGUCUUUAUCUCUUGGAGAAAGGAUUCAUCUUCCGAGCCUGCCUUGCCCUCAGCAUAGCUACCGCAGCACGAUCAAAUGGCCUUGUCAACAUAGGGUUUCUGCUGUAUCUUCCGUCACUGCAUGCCAUCUCCCAGAUUCGUUUGUAUCGCGCCACAACAAAAGGCCACAGUAAAGUCUUCCACUACAUCUGGGUCAUCAUCUGUCUGCUGCUGACCUCUGUCUUGGGAACUGCAAUUAUUGCCCUACCCUUCUGUGCUUUCCAAUACUAUGGUUAUAGGACGUUUUGCACACCAUCCACCUCCUUGGAGAGCAUUCCUCCUGCUCUCCUGUCAAUAGCUGAACGGAAGGGCUACCGGGUUCCGGAUGAAAACGGUCCACCACCCCUCUGGUGUAUGAGACCCCUGCCCCUGCUUUAUUCUCACAUCCAGGAUGUAUAUUGGGAUGUGGGCUUCCUCCGUUAUUUUGAGCUGAAGCAGAUACCCAACUUUCUUCUGGCUCUGCCUAUGGCCACCCUUGGAAUAAUUGCCUGUUAUGCAUACUUUCAAGCUAAUCCAGAGCUGUGUGUGAGACUCGGCCUUUGGGACACAAGUGCAAACAAAGGGCUUGACAAACCCACGCCUGGAUUCUUCAACCCUCGAGUGUUCGUGUAUGUGGUGCAUUCAGCAGUGCUGCUGGUUUUCGGGACAUUGUGCAUGCAUGUGCAGGUACUAACCCGAUUCAUGGCCUCCUCGUCUCCUGUACCAUUCUGGAUAAGUGCUCACCUGCUCCUCCUCAAUGAGCCACUCCUUCAUCGAAGGAAAACAUCAAACCCCAACGUGCAGCUGCAUUCUAGAAAUAGCUGCAAGCACACACCUCAGAAUCCUAUUGUUGCGCUCCUGCCACACUUAAAAGCCUGUUCUUCUACCACACAGAGCAUCCUGGGAUACUUCCUCUCUUACUGGCUACUGGGCCUUGCACUGCAUUGCAAUUUCUUGCCGUGGACUUGACUUAAGACAUUGUUUCAAGCUCUUAAUGCUAAAGUUCUGUGCAGGACUAGGCUGUAAAGUCAGUGCUUCAGCAGGGAUCCUUUGGUAUUUCAAUAAUAACCAUUAAUUGCAAUAAAAGGACAGU